AUGUCGGUGCAGAACCCACUCGAACUGCCACUGCCUGUGGUGGUGGAUACUCUACUACCUAUGCUAUCGGAUCGCGACUUGGCCUCACUGCGAUGCGUCUCCAAGCAUGCCAAGUUGCUUGUCGAAGACGAGGUGCUAUGGAAACGCAAAGUGCUGGCCGACUUUACUUUUCCCGCGUAUGCAACUGCUCGUAUGGGCGGUUGGUAUCGCCUCUACACCGGACUCAGCAACCCUGACAUCUAUGUCUGGGGUCAGGAUAGCAAUGGUCGACUUGGCAUCACGAGACACGAGCGUUCUCAACAGAUGCGCGCCCAUCUCACAAAUAUCAGCGCAGGUAUCCCUUACCCGAUCAAGCUCACCUCGAUGAGUGCUUCGCGACUCGGUGCAUCAGAAGGCCAAGAGCAGCCCGCGGGCGCCGUGGUCGAGAUCAUCGCCGGAGGUUGGUCAUUCCAUGCUCGAACCUCGACGGGCCAAGUGUGGGCUUGGGGCACAAUGAAUGGUGAAGUAAGCGCAACUUCGAUCGAUACCCUAUGUCACCCGGGCAAAGUGGUAUCCACGCCACAGCCGAUAAAAAAUCUGCCGCCAAUCCGAUCGCUUUCGGGCGGACGCCAUCACGCCGUUGCGCUGUCUCAUGACAACCGGCUUUUGGAAUGGUCAGCGUGGGGUACCAUUUGGGAGCACGUCGGCUUUCCAGCUCAUCUCAUCGCUCCUCCAAACUCCAAGACUAGCAUCACAAGUCAGAACGACAUUGUACCCAUCACCAACGUCAAACAGCUCGAAGCCGGGUGGUAUUUCUCAGCGAUCCUCACGCAGACGGGCGAAAUCUGGCUGUGGCGCACAAAUUGGAGCCAAGCUGUUUUUCGCGGCUACCAGACGGCCGAAGAACCAGCGUCGCCCUCUGCGCCUGGCGGCGCCCACACCAAGACGUGGCGACUCGAUAUCACUCCUGUUCGAUUGCCACCAAUCGUCCUCGACGCUGAGCAGCAAGAGCGAGAGCAUCUUGCCAACAAAGUCGUACAGAUCGCAGCAGGAGAAGACUUCAUCGUUGCUCUGACACAAGCUGGAACGUUGCACAGACUCGAUAUGAGUCACUAUCGGACGCGGGAAGAGGAUGGUCUUGUGAAUCAACAACUUUUUGACCACUUGCAUCGUGAGCAUCGUGAUGGUGUCGAGACGCAUGCGCAGUCUGGACGCUUGCUAGAUUUGACGUCUCGCUUUCACGUGUUUCUCGAGUCUCGAGCAAAGUGGGAGAGGCUGGCAGCUUUUGAAGAUCCACAGGGUCUGCCGGGUUUCGACUCUGCGUGGCUGAAAGAUGGGCGAGGAGCCCAAGGAAGCGUGGGCGGCAUUUCGCACAUUUCGGCGCAAUUUCGGACAUUUGUCGUUUUCCACACUGUCAAGCCAGCCAAACGGCCGCAAUGGCGGGAUGGGCAGCCAGCAGUGCUGGAAACCGACCAGGACGCACAGACGCUUGUGUUGCUGGGAUCGUCCAUGUCGGCGUCUCCCGAGCUAAUCCCACAACUGCAGGCUCGCGGCGUAAUCAAAGUGACCAUGGGCGACUAUCAUUAUGGAGCGCUGACGCAGAAGGGCGAGAUUCUCACAUGGGGGUCGUUCAGCAAGGGUGCGUUGGGCAACUGGCAUCCACCGUGGGCGUCGGCGAAUCAGUCCACCGAGGCGGAUCAACUACCAGCGUGCGAUCAAGCCGAGCUAGCCGAGCAAGCCGACCAAGAUGAGCAACGCUCGUUUUCGAACCUCGUUCCGCUCCCUCGGGUCUCGCGUGGCGGUGAACAGAGAGGUGCUUUCCAGCCCAGAAUCGGGUUCGCCGCACGUCCAAGAGUUGGCACCGCUCCUCGCGCACAAAUGCGCACAUCAGCCGCGCGCCCCAAUUACCAGUCCGAGCAGGACGUUGCUAUGCCGACACCCAUCAGCAUCGUCGCUCACGCGCAGCAUGGCGCACAGAGUAAGAAGCUCACUCCGGUUGCGUUCGAUAUCGCAUUUGCCGGAUGGCAUUCCUCAGCGCUCGUCAUGCAGGCACCCGAUGUUUCUCCAACGCUCCCGAUCCAGCGCAGUGGAUGCUGA